AUGAAACAAGAAGCGGACAAUAAAGGUGUUACGAUUCCAAUAGCUAAAGCUCGAGAAAGAACCGCUUCUGCUACUGGUGUUUCUGAACGGAUGGUCACUAAAAUAAACGGAGAGCUUAAACAACUAAAAUCCAACAAUGAGGAUGAAACAAAAAAGUUCUUGACUCCAAAGAAACGCCCUGGGAGAUCAAAGACGUGUAUAGACGACUUCGAUAAAUGCGUAAUAAGACGAACAAUAUACAAUUUCCAUUUGCAAAAGAACUGUCUUCCUACUGUAAAUUUAUUGUUGCAAGAACUGAGAGAAAGCAUUGACUUCAAGGGUGGGAAAACCACUUUACGAAUUGUCUUGAGUGAAAUGGGUUUCAAGUGGAGGAAAACGAAAACUAACAGAAAAUUGCUGGCUGAGAAAUCUGAAAUUCGGGACAAACGCAUUACUUAUUUGAGAAAAAUUAAACGGUUCAGGGAACAAAAUAGACCGAUAAUAUUUCUCGAUGAGACAUAUGUUCUGUCGACUCAUGUAAAAUCACAAUCUUGGUCAGACGAUUCAAACCAAGGAGUUCGAACACCAGUGUCAAAGGGGAACCGACUGAUAGUCAUCCACGCUGGCGGAGAGAAAGGAUUUGUCCCCAACGCGUUGACAACAUGGAAGGCAACAACUCACUCUGGAGACUACCAUGAUAAUGUUAACCAAGAAAUGUUCAUGGAAUGGAUGACUGAGAAGCUAUUGCCAAAUUUGGAGCCAAACACUGUAUUGGUGGUAGACAACGCACCAUACCACAAUGUAUUAGUGGACAAAGCUCCUACUAGUAAAAGCAAGAAACAAGAAAUGAAAGACUGGCUUUCUAAGCACAAUAUUGCUUUCAGCGAAGAAAUGUUUGUGCCUGAACUGUAUAAGUUGAUUACACAAAACAAAUCGAAAUUCUUCCGCUACGUCCUAGAUGAGACUGUUCAGGCACAAGGUCACGAAAUUCUUAGAUUACCACCUUAUCAUCCGGACCUAAAUCCAAUCGAACUUGUCUGGGCUGAUAUAAAGGGCUACGCAGCAGGAAAAAACACUACAUUUAACUUUUCUGAUGUGCAAGCUAUCACUGAAGAAAAGAUCGCUAGUAUGGGUCCUGAGGAUUGGUUUCCGAAGUGUCAACACGUAAAGAAAGUUGAGGAGGAAUAUCUUUUGAAGGAAGGGGGAAUCGACAACAUGUUGGAAUCUUUCAUAAUUUCACUGGGGAAUGAUUCAGAAACGGAUUCCAGUGAUGAUGAAUCAGAAGAUGGAAUGAGUGGAGUAGAAGAACUCCAAUAA